AUGAAUGUGAUAUCGUUAGCAAUAUGGACUUUAGAAAAAAACUGUUUCAUAGUUUACAGCGGACUUAUAGUUUGUUUUAUAGCGUUUACAUUGUAUCAUAAGAAUAAACUGGAAGAAUAUUACAGUGAAACAUCGAAAAAGGAGAAAAUGGCGCGCACUGGAACUGGCGGGAAAGCGCGCGAUUUCCAAGACGAUGGUGACGAGGAUCCUGAUCUCCUAGUGCCAGCGAUACCAGAAGACACGCCUCAGAUCCCCUACAGUCCUCCACAAAGGUCUGAUGAUGAGAUCCUUCAGAGGUCACGGGAGUACUACGAGCUGAUGGCUGAGAGAAGAACCGUAAGGUCUUUCAGUCCAGAACCAAUACCACAGGAGGUGCUAGAUAAUCUCAUUAAAACCGCUGGAACAUCACCAUCAGGUGCUCACACAGAACCUUGGACAUUCAUCGUGGUCCAGGAUCCAGAAAUGAAAUCUGCUAUACGGGAGAUAGUAGAAGAAGAAGAAGAAUUGAAUUACAACCAGAGAAUGUCGCGGCAGUGGGUGACAGACCUGAAGCCGUUUGCUACGAAGCCUGUGAAGCCAUACUUAUCUGAUGCUCCAGCAUUGGUGCUGGUCUUCCGACAGACGCACUCUUGGAGAGAAGAUGGAAAGAAGAGGAUGCACUACUAUAGUGAAAUCAGUACGGCGAUAGCUGCUGGAAUAUUACUUGCUGCUAUCCAGUACUGCGGAUUGGUAGCCCUCACUUCAACACCAUUAAAUUGCAACGCGCGUCUCCGAGACCUGUUGUCCAGGCCUCUGAAUGAAAGACUAGAGCUCCUCCUACCAGUCGGAAGACCACACAAGGAAGCCACGGUUCCAGACCUUGAACGAAAGAAACUUGAAGAAAUUAUGGUUAAGAUAUGA